CCGCUUGACGGAUGUCAGCGCCUACUUCGUCGUGGAUCUUUUGUGGUGGAGCUCGACUCGUUGUGAUAAAGGCGAUUAAAAAUACACUAAUUAAAACACUAGAUAGUGUCCCCAAACCAGGAUGGCACGAUUGAUACGGAAUGAGCAAGGGAAACAGCUGGCCUUCUUGCUGACCCAACCCGAUGAAGUGCUAAUCGAGUUUUGCAAAUUUGCCAUCGAGUAUAUCGGAGCCGGAAUCAACGAGAAGAAAUGCACUGUCGCAGCCAAGAAACUUGGCACCACAUACGAGAUCGUUCGAAGUGCCCUCGAAGCUCUGGUCGCUUUGCUCAUCGACAGUACGAAGCUGGCCGUAUCGGAGCGAGAUUUUACGACGAGCCUACAGUCCCUCGAUGGUAUCAACGAGAAACAGAUUGAAAUCCUGUGGCAGUUUGUGAUCAGCAAGCGGAAUCUCGUCGAUAACAUAAUGCGUGCUUCCUGCCAGGAUGAGCUGUAUUUCCGCGAUCUGGAGUGGCGCAUCGAGGGCCGGAUAGCGUCCCGUGCCCGGCACACGCAGGCUACACCGAUCAUAAAAAUGAAGUUCCACCUGGAUACCGAGUGUGUCAGCGAGUAUCGCGAAAAACUUGACUCCACACCGUUGCCGGUUACGGAGGAGGAGCACACAAAUGAACAAAAGGCCCCGGUUACCCGUAGGCAAGUGUUGGCUGAAACGAAUCCGGUUAUGCUACAGUACAUGAUACAGGUGUUGGAGAAGGCACUUAUCGAGGCACGGACACGUCGCGUGCGAAACUAUGUAAAACCAUCGCAUGGUUGAACGCU